AUGCCUGCCGGAGAAUUGUAUACUGUUGCACCUGUCAGAGGGGCAACCAAAUCUGACACUGCAGAAAGCAGGACCAAGCAGAAGGAAUACCAGCUCAUACAGGUUAAGAACACUUGGUGUUGUGUGGAAAAUGGACGAGAAAUUCCAACUACUUGGAAAGAAGAUCAAGUGAUUGUUUCCCAGGCCAAAAUAGGUGAGGCUGUAACUGAGUCUGGAGUCUCUUGGACAGUAAAAACACCCAUUUACUUCUGCUAUAAAGUUACCGAAACCCAAAAUCUUCUAGAUCCCACUAACAUGACCUUACUUUACGGUCAUUUGUCUGAUCCACAAGAAGUUCAUGUCUACCAAAAGAAGAUCCAAAAGCGAUUCAUUGUGAUGGACAUGACUGUGGAAAAGUUAUAUGGUUCCAAAGUCAGAAAAUAUUUUGAGGCCAAUAAUGUAAAUUAUAAGCUCCUUUCUCUCCAGACAACAGAGGAAACUAAGUCAAUGGAGCUUGUCUUGACCAUACUAGAAGAAAUCCACAAAUUUGGAAUUGAAAGACGCACCGAACCAGUCAUAGCUAUCGGAGGUGGGGUGUGCUUGGAUAUUGUUGGUCUUGCUGCCUCUCUUUACAGGCGACGAACCCCAUACAUUCGUGUUCCCACAACACUUCUGUCUUAUGUGGAUGCAAGUGUGGGUGCAAAAAAUGGAGUGAAUUUCUGCAACUGUAAGAACAAGUUGGGAAGCUACACUCCACCAGCAGCCACCUAUCUUGAUAGAUCCUUCAUUCAGACCAUUCCACGGCGUCAAAUUUCUAAUGGUCUUGGAGAGAUCUUAAAGAUGGCUUUAAUGAAGCAUAUGGGGCUAUUUGAGCUUCUGGAAAGCCAUGGGAAGUAUCUUUUAGACACAAAGUUUCAAUCCAGGAAUGGUCUUGUUAGCCAUGGAGAUGCUGCUCUUACAGCCACAAGACUGGCCAUUCAAACAAUGUUGGAAGAACUUGCUCCUAACCUGUGGGAGGAUGAUCUUGAAAGAUUGGUGGAUUAUGGGCACGUCAUAAGCCCAGAGCUUGAAAUGAAAGUCCUGCCAGCUCUAAUGCAUGGAGAAGCUGUGAACAUAGAUAUGGCUUUUAUGACAUAUGUGUCUUAUGAAAGUGGGCUUAUCACAGCUGAAGAUAAAAGGCGUACCAUACAGUGCAUGAGAAUCUUGGAGCUUCCUGUUUGGCACAAAGAUUGCACUCUUCCACUAAUAAAGAAGGCAUUAGAUGAGAGGUUCAAGCACAGUGGUGGAAAACUGAGACUUCCUCUUCCUACUGGACUUGGAAUUGCAGAAAUAUUCAACAAUGUAAAGGAAGAAACAAUUAAAAGAGCUUUCGAGAGGUGGACAAAAGAAUGCCAAGAGUCAUCAACCUAGAUCAAGAAUCUCCUGAAUGAUGUGUAUGACAGGACUGAAGUUCUAAAGACAUUUAGAAAACAGCUCAGUCUUCAUCUUAUAACAUCUUUUAUAG